CAUUCCCCAGCUGGCUCAAGCGGGCAGCUCCGCUCCUGGUGGCUGCGCGCUCCGGCCGGGCCAUGCCGUCCUACACCGUGACCAUGGCCACCGGCACCCAGUGGUUCGCGGGCACCGACGACUACAUCUACCUGAGCCUGGAGGGCACCGCGGGCUGCAGCGAGAGGCACCUGCUGGACAAGCCCUUCUACAACGACUUCGAGAGGGGCGCGGUCGACUCCUACGAUGUGACUGUGGCAGAAGACCUGGGAGAAAUCCAGCUGCUAAAAAUUGAGAAGCGAAAGUACUGGGUUCAUGAUGACUGGUAUCUCAGGUACAUCACUGUGAAAACACCAGUAGGUGACCAUCUGGAAUUCCCAUGUUACAGAUGGAUUACAGAGGAUAAAGAGAUUGUCCUCCGAGAUGGAAGAGCAAAUCUGCACCGGGAUGACAAGACUCAGAUCCUCAAGCAGCACAGACGCAAAGAACUUGAAGAACGGCAAAAAAUGUAUCAGUGA